AUGGCGUGCGGGGGCUUCGCCUGCUCCAAGAACUGCCUGUGCGCCCUCAACCUGCUCUACACGCUGGUGAGCCUGCUGCUGAUUGGAAUUGCAGCAUGGGGAAUUGGCUUUGGCCUCAUCUCUAGUUUCAAAGUUGUUGGAGUGGUAAUUGCAGUAGGAGUCUUCCUCUUCUUUAUUGCCUUAGUUGGAUUGAUUGGUGCAGUGAAACAUCAUCAAGUAUUGCUAUUCUUUUACAUGAUUAUUCUUCUGCUAGUCUUUAUUGUCCAGUUUUCUGUCUCCUGUGCCUGUUUGGCACUAAAUGAGGAACAGCAGAGUGAACUUCUAGAGGUGGGAUGGACUAACACCAACAGUGCAAGAUCAGAUAUUGAGAGAAAUCUGAAUUGUUGUGGAUUCAGAGUUUUUUAUUCGAAUGGAACCUGCGCUGCUGAUUGUCUUAGAACUCUCCACUGUAGACCAUGUGCACCGAUAAUGGAGGAAUAUUCUGGAAUGGUGCUGAGAUUUGUUGGAGGGAUAGGACUCUUCUUCAGUUUCACAGAGAUUCUGGGAGUCUGGCUGACUUACAGAUACAGGAACCAGAAGGAUCCCCGUGCAAACCCUAGUGCAUUUAUUUGA